CAUCAAGGGCGGCUGGGGACGGACCAACAAGACCUUGUCUCCCCUGAGGAUCUGCAGAGACCCCUGAAAGCCAGCACCAUGCCAGGCUGGGGGGUGGCCGCCUGCCUGCUAGCAGGGCUAGGGGAGAUGCUGCUUCUCACGGCGCUGAGCACCGAGUACUGGAUGCUGAGCCGCGGGCCCCAGCACACGGGGCACAGCGGGCUCUGGCAGGUCUGCGUCACCGGACUGCAAGAGAUCUGCGUCACCUCCAGGGAUGUCACCGGCACAGUCCAGGCCACACGGAUCUGCCUGGCGCUGGCAGCGGUGCUGGGGGUGCUGUACAUAGUGCUGGCUGUCGCUGCUGUCACCUCCUGCCCCUGCAGGGACUCGGGCGUUGGGCCAGGCGCCACCAUCGUCGGCUUUGCUGCAGGGGUGCUGGGGCUGGUGGCCAUGGUGGUGUUCACAGCUGGCGUCUGGGACUCCGCCGCAUCCGCCCAGGUUCAGAGCAGCUUCGGCUGGUCAUUCAGCCUGGGCUGGGCUGGGCCUCUUGCCCUGCUGCUUGCAGGUGGCUGCACCCUGCUGCUGCAUCUCCGCCGUGGCCCCUACAGCCACAUCUGGCCCCACUGGGAAUGCCACAUCUGA